GGGCUGUCCAGUCUGCUUGGCCACACACAGCCUGCCGCAAGCGAAACUUCCGUUGCCUCUGACUUCUGCCGCGACGUUCUCGCGUCCCUCUGCUGCGGUUUCCGAUUGCGCCACCUCUACCGAGCAAUCAGCGGAGCAUCAUCGAAGUAGAAGACCUGUGAUGGCGUCCGCCUAGAGCGGCGGCCGAUCGUGUGGCGAAGGAGGCACCUCUUGGGCAGAGGCUCGUCUGCAGUAUGGCGACGGCGGCGGCGGCGGCGGCGGCGAUGACGCGGACCCGAACGCGGAGGCGGCGGUGGCGGCCGCAGUGGUGCGCCGCGCUGGUGUCGCUGUUGGUGCUGGUGGCGGCUCACACCAGCUCGCGCGGCGCGCACGCCACCACCACGCCGGCGCAGGCCCACGCCGACGAGCUCACGACGCAACCGGCGCCGCCACUGACGCACUCGGACGCGGCGACAAAGGCGACGGCGCCUGCGCCCACGACGACGGGCAAGGCGACCGUGCCGGCGACGACGACGGUGGCGCCGCGGCGCGCGCGCGCGCGGAACUGCACGCCGCCGGCCAUCCAGCAGUUCCCGCGGCCGCUGAUGGGGCCCGCCGCGCGCAAGGACGGCGGCCUCAUCCUGCACAUCAUCGUCGCCGUCUACACCUUCCUGGGGCUCGCCAUUGUCUGCGACGACUACUUCGUCUCCUCGCUAGACCGCAUCUGCGAGGAGCUGAAGCUGUCACCCGACGUGGCGGGCGCCACCUUCAUGGCCGCCGGGUCGUCUGCGCCAGAGCUGGCCACCGUCGUCAUCGGCGUCUUCUUCGCCAAAGACGACAUCGGUGUUUCGGGCGUGAUCGGCUCGGCCGUCUUCAACAUCAUGUUCGUGAUCUCGGUGUGCGCGCUGUGCGCCGGCGCCACGCUGCACCUCAACUGGUACCCCAUGGUGCGCGACUGCAUUUUCUACUCUCUCGCCAUCCUCAUGAUGCUCGUCUCCAUCUACAACGAAAGCAUUACCUGGAUCGAGUCCUUCACGAUGCUGGUGAUGUAUGGUGCAUACUGUGUCGUGCUGCACUACAAUGCACGACUGGAGCGCUGGGCCCAGACACUGCCAGUACCCUGUCGUGUGCAGGCUCCAGAAGAGGAGUCUGCACUCGUAUCUUACCGACAUCUAGAGGAGGAUCGCUCUCGCCGACCAUCUUACACCAGCCCACAGCAGUCAAUGGACAAGCAGCAACUGAGCUUCAGUACAACAAAUCAGGGACAGUCACCAAUUCAGCAAGAGUACUCAACUGACAUGGAGAAAGGACCAACUCCACAGCAGCAGGAGUUGCAGCAGCCAACAGGAGGGCCACCACCUGUGCCUCCACCUCCAGCACCAAUCCCACCAACCACUGACUACUACAAACCUAAGGACUACAAUGUUCCUGAUGUUUCUCCAUUAGUUAUGCCGACUGAUGCAGGAAUGUGGGAAAAGAUUUCAUGGGGAGUAACUUUACCCAUCCAUGCAUUCUGUCGCGCAACCAUGCCAGACUGCAGGAAAGAGAAAUGGCGUCACUGGUACCCUUUUACAUUCCUCGUGUCAAUGGUUUGGAUCUCAUUUUACUCUUACAUAAUGGUCUGGAUGAUCACAAUUAUAGGUAGUACACUGGGGAUACCCGACACAGUGAUGGGUCUGACUUUCAUGGCAGCUGGCGUUAGUGUCCCUGAUGCACUCUCCAGCUUGGCAGUUGUCAAAGAAGGGUAUGGUGAUAUGGCAGUUUCAAAUGCAGUGGGCAGUAAUGUGUUUGAUAUACUGAUCUGUCUUGGGCUUCCAUGGUUUAUGCAGACUGCAAUUAUAAAUCCAGGUAGCACAGUUAAUGUCUAUAGCAAAGGUCUUACAUACUCAACUUUGUCUCUGCUGUCAACUGUUGUAUUUCUAGUGGUUACAACCCAUCUUAAUGGUUGGAAACUUGACAAGAAGUAUGGUGUCAUUCUGAUGCAGGAAAUCCUGACACAUUUGAAGUUGACAUCACUGGAUGAAGAAGCAACGGAGAUCCAUUGGUGCUAUGGCCAGCAACUUGAUGGGCCAUCCAUUGUAGACAUGCUGGAGGACCUGCUGGAGGAAUGCUCACACCUGGAUGUGGCUGGCAAGAAUGCUAUUGUAACACAUUAGUGGAUUACUAGUUUCAGCAAUAUAAACUGCUGU